GAAGAGUUCUGGCUAGUGGUAGGAGCAGCUGCUGUUCUGAGCUGCUAUACGUUAGGACUACUAUAGUUAAGUGGUGUCAUGGGCGAUGUACCUGAAGUUGGGAUCACGCCUGAAACACCAGGGCGGCCAGCAAUUCUCAACCCUUUCGAAAGUCCUAAUGAUUACCAUCGCCUACACGAAUCCGUUGUCGCCAGUCCUUCGGUUUUCAAGUCCUCAAGGACGUCAUCUGCUACCCCAGCAAAGUUCAAAUGGUCAAUAGACGAAAUGGCAAGUUUGCUCCCAGUUGAAAUUGACCCUGAAGACAUUCACCGUCAGUCCCUGUAUCUGAGUCAAACCAGGGCUGAUGCAGAAAUUGAGGAAAAACGACAGUAUGCAAUUGAACAGUUCUUCACAAAGGGUACAAUUGUACCUUCACCUUGGGCUGCACCAGCAGGCAAACAAUCAGCACAAGCUCACCUUGUAAAGAGUACCCUCUCCCCUGGGAUCCCAGAGGAGGAUGUUCCAACUGGAAAAUGCAGUGCUGCCUGUCAAACUACACUUUCUUUACCCGUGGAUUUCAAUCUGGAAAAAGUAUUAGGUGACUACUACAAGAUGGACGAAGUUUCAGAUCAAGUUCAGGAGAGCUUGAGCUCUUCCUCUCUACGACGGAAGCUCUUCCUGGAUGGGAUUGGCAGCGGAUCGGAGUCGUCCACCCCCUCCAGCCCAGACCGGAGCCCCCAGGAGGUGGAACAUAGGAGCAGUGAGGUGCUGUGUCCAGUCAGUGUGUCCCCGCUGCAGAGCGGCAUGGCAGCAUUAACACCCACCUCCGGACAAUUUUCCUCAAGUCCAAUUCAAGGCAGAGGUAGAGCCUACAGUUUGGGCAGUGUGACCAGUCCAUUGUUCCCUGAAAAGUCAUCCCCUGGUUUUAAGUCUCCCAAACUUUCUCCCAUUGUUCUUCAGUACGUGGAAACACCUGUGUCAGGGGAGAGGAAGAGGCUAAGCUUUGUGACACCUGAUGGAAUGGCGCUGGGGAGCUCCAACGCUGAAAACAACCACUGCACCGAGAGUCCAUAUGUGGAGGGCUGCUCACCCAUCAAAAGCUGUUCCCCUAUCCGAGCCACAGGUCGAGGCUGGGUGCAUCCUCAUCACAGAGCAUCCCUUUUAGAACUGUCCCCAACCUUCAGCCCUGCUUCUGAAAGAAAAGACAAUCACCGUCAAACCAACUCUCUACCAGCAAUGGAAAUGGACACCUGUUCGGCUCUGCUGGGGUCCUUGUCUGGAAACUGUGAAACUGCCUCUGAAAAUACAGCGAGGCUAUGUGAUGACGAGGUUGCUCUGCCUGACCUGAUACCAAUGGAGGAGACCAGGGACAACAGUGCGGUGAAUAUGGCUGAGCCGUCGGAAAGCCAGGAGGACUAUUGGGCAAAGGAGGCGGUUGACGGGACCCCAGUUCGACUGACCAGCUCCAGGACGGGGAGCAUGCUGAACGUGGAGAAUUCCAACAUGUUCGUGUCACUGCUGGCCGAGGGCAGCACCAUGCCCUAUGAUAACAGCAUGCAGGUGGACAGUGGUUAUAACACGUACUCAGUUGGUACAAACAGCACCAUGGAUGGAGUCAGUUCAGACAGCCAGACAAAGGAGUCACUGGAUCCACAUGGGCCAGAGGAAACCUUUCUGUACAAUAAGACUCAACACAUUAAAUCAAAGAUGUUAAAUCUACACCACUGUUAAUGAAGGGGAUGCACACACACCUACCUCCCCUUGGAAGCUUAAGAUGAAUCCACA